CCAAUAGCUUUCGACAAAGCCGAGAAAUCUCUCGGAUUCGGAACUCAUUGCGAUGGAGAAAGAAGCAAGCAGCACCGAACCUUCUUCCUUCAAGCUUCUAGUGUCGUGUCCUUCUGGCCUUUCACCAGCACAGGUUUCUGUGGCAUUCAGCGAUUCCUACGACCGCAUUCCCCACUCCGACGCCAGCUUGGAGAACGCGAUUUCCGAGAUAUGGGAGCAGAGGAGUUUGAAAAACAAAUCGCUGUUCAAUGGGAAGAAGUUCAGGUAUGGAGGGUAUGUUUUGGACGCUAGAAAUGGAUCUGACCAUGAACCACAUGUAUGCCUCCAGUUAGGUUUGACAGAUUAUAGGACUUUUGUUGGGACAAAUUUAAGUCCUUUGUGGGAAAGGUUCCUGGUUCCAUCAGAAGAUGAUUCUGUUCUUUGUCAGCACACGUCCAGCCCACUAGGAAAUGGUGCAGUGGUGGAGACAAAUGACAAUAAGAUACUUGUAUUACAACGAAGUAAUAAUGUUGGUGAAUUUCCUGGACAUUUUGUUUUCCCUGGAGGCCAUCCUGAGCCUCAAGAACUGGGUAUAACAUCCCAUCAACAUGUCAAGGAGUUAACAGAAUCUGUUAAUGUUAAGGUUUCACAGGAGAUGUUUGACAGCAUAGUUCGAGAAGUAGUUGAAGAAAUUGGAGUGCCAGCUUCAUCCCUUAGCAUCCCGGCUUUCAUUGGUAUAUCUCGCAGGAAUUUGAAUGUGAGACCCACUGCAUUUUUCUUUAUCAAAUGCAGUCUUGACUCAAAGGAAGUUCAGCAGUUCUAUUCUAGCGCACAAGAUGGCUAUGAAUCAACUCAGCUGUAUGCUGUUCCAAUGAUUGAAGUAGAAAACAUGACUUCUAGGAUGCCUGGCUGUCAUCGAGGUGGAUUCGCUCUCUAUAAAUUGAUGGUUGACACCAGGAAGAUCACUUGAUGGAAGUUUGUAGCGUUCACAGUUGUCAAGCAUGGUGUUGCACACAGACCUUCAAGGAUUUCUCUGCGUGAUGUAGUUUGAUGCUGACAUUGCCGUGUUGAUCCUCCACUUCCCCGCCCAUUGAGAGAGACCUAAUUUAACCGAGCUCUAAUUUUCCCACAGAACAUUAUACAAAUGUUCUAUUUCAUUGCAAUAGAUUAUACUAAUGCUUGUUUUCAAUUCAUACCCAAAAUAAAAUAAACAAGCCAGUCAAGAAUAUUGAAUGGCCCGUGUAAUAUAUUUCAUUACGAAUGGCCUCUACCCAUGCCUACCCUACACUAGUUGAACUGCUUAUUGAUAUCUGUAGAGCAUGGCUGAUGACUGAUUCCUAGGGAGUUCAGAAGAGUUAGCAACCCACUUUGGACGAGUUUACAGCCCACUUCUGAUUCAUCAGCAAUUUAUUUGGGAUUUAGUGAUUUGUCAAUACAUCCAUGUUGGACACAACAGUUACCCUUCUUUUGCUCAGAAAAUGCCGCAGUCGUUGGAUGAUUUACAUGUAUGUAUAAACAUGAGCACUUUUAAGGUUGGAUUUUGUUUUUCCUGUAUUAGGUUGUUAGCACUGUUGCCCUGAAUUUUAUGCUGCAAAUUGAACUUUUUUUUUUUCUUGUUUAUUUAUGUAUUUAUAAAUGUGUGUUUUACGAA